AUGGAGAGGGGGCCGCCAGCUGAGCCGGAAGAUCAAGGACGAGAUGUGGCAGACAUGGAAGCAGUUCAACCUGCAUCAACCGACGAUCUGCAACAAGGCCCUGCUGAGGACUCGAUGGCGGUGUGGCGGUCCCGCCACCGCCAGUGCAUGAACAUCCUCGUGCGAGAGGAAUGGGAGCAAGAGCGCCGAAUGGAGCAGCUCAGGGAAAUGACAGACAAGCUGCGCGAGGAGACUGAGCGCAGGAUCGAAGCGGAGGACAAAGUUAAAAGCCUCAUAGGGGUACUCGACUCUAUCGGACGUGGGACGAGAAUGGGGGAGUUGGAGCUGAAGGUCGCCAGUCUCUCAGUCAAGAGCCACGUCUUGGAGGAGAACGCAAAGAAGCACAAAGAGCAAAUUCGUGCAACUGUGGAGGAGAAGAACGAGUUGAAGCGCCGUUACGGCGAGCUCCUGACUGACAACGAUCGCUUGCUCGAGGAGAAUGCGAGCUUGAAGCAGAAGUGUGAGAACCAGUACAAGCAGCUGGAGGAACUGCACCUGGAGCGCCUUCGAGAGGGCCUCAAGACCAUGCUCGAGAUCCAAGGAAUUGAUUACGAGGACACGUUCACUUCGCGCCCCGAUGCGGAUCCUGUGCUGGAGGAAGAGGCAGAGGGCAGCUCGGUGCUAUCGAGUGCAGAACACCCGAACAACACGGAUCAGGAAGGCUCUGACUCAGUGCCUACGCCACAGAAUCAUCUUCCGGAGCCGGUUGAUCCAACAUUGCACACGGGAGUUCAUCUCCAAGGGAAAACCGCAGAGCAGCAUCGAAUGGAAGACGAGGAGUCGCUGCAGGAGACUGCAAUCGGCUCUUCCCGAGAAGAGGCGGCAGAGGAGAGCUCCAUACUAUCAAGUGAAGAAGUACCGCACAUCAUGGAUCAGGAAGGCCCUGACUCAGUGCCGACGCCACUGAAUCAUCUUCCGGCGCCGCUUGAUCCAACACUGCACACAGGAGUGAAUCUCCUGAGCAGCUCCUUUCUUCCUUUCGGACUUCGGGCUGGUUGGCUCCAAGCAGCCGCAGUCUGA